AUGCGUUUCUCUACCGUGGCCGUUCUUGCCAUCUUCGGUGCCGUCCAGGCCACCCCCAUCGCAGCUCCCGAGCCCGUCCUCGAGACUGCUGUCGACGCCCCCAUCGAGGCCCGCGCCAUUCUCAGCGGCGGCGAGGACUUUGCCCCCGCCCAGCUCGAGAAGCGCCUCGAUCCCAUCACCACCUCGAUCGUGGUGGCCGCUGGCUCUGCCCUCGCCACCAAGGCCGUCGACGCCGCCGUCAAGGCGGUCGGCAACGCCAUCAAGGGCCUCCAGAACUGGGACAAGGUCCGCGAGGAGUUCACCAAGAAGACCGUCUCCGAGAUGUGGGCCAAGAUCGACAAGAAGGCCUACUCGGCGGCCGUCUGCUACAACAUGGACUACGAUGCCCCCAACAUCGACGGCAAGACUUCGGUUGCGGUCAAGUCCGGCCUGCUCAAGACCACUUACGACUGCUUUUUUAUGAAGGCCGGCGCCCAGACCUUUAAGGGCAAGGGCGACGGUGGCUUCCAGAACAUGGCCGCUCAGCACGACAGCCGCUGCACCUACGACAGCAAGGCCAUCACCCUUACUUGCAAAUAG